ACACACACACACACACACACACUGCUGUUAGAGAGCGAGUUGGAUGUCACCAACACCAGUAGAUGAAGGUUUAAAGGUGAAGAUUGUACAUACACGCAUUAUUAGACAGGUGUAGGUUGUAGAGGAGGUUGAUUAAUGGCUGGUCCUGUGCAAAGAUUGCUAGCUGUGUCCUCACAAGGCAGGGUCCAGGUAGAAGAAGUGGGCGAGGUCAGGGGCUCUUUAUCACAAGUCGAGCUGAAGCUCGUCCAGUCAGAAUCGGAGGCCGGCUCAGAGGUGGAGCUUAAUAAUGAUGUUGCGGCUUUGAUGCUACAGCAGAGGCUCAGACAGAGGAAAGCUAUUGUUUAUCUGGCACUAACGGGACUGCUAAUUUUUACUACAGCGUUUCUUCUGGGGUAUGUGUCGUCUCGGAGAAUGUGCCCUCUCUGUGUGGAUGAGGGGGAGCUGGUGUUAGUCGAUGACACGGCUGGGUCAGACCAUUCUCCAAUGACGGGGGCGAUGUACCUGGGGGAGCUGAGAGACAUGCUGAAGAAAUACCUGCAGGAAGAGAAGAUCGAGGACACUGUCAGGGGAGUGAGCAAGACGGCUCAUCCUGCAGGCUCCUCAGAGGGACAUGCUUUAGCCAUGGAGAUACUGCAGAGUUUCCAGAACCUCCACAUGGACCACACGUGGACUGACUCCCACUACGCCACAUUGCAGUUUCCUUCCAGGACUCAGAGGAACGCACUGUGGUUGGUUGAUGCUGAGGGGGUGGAGCUUGAGGAGAUUCUGUUAGACCGUGCUGAUUACUGCGCGUACAGUGCUACAGGAACAGCUACGGGAGGUGUGGUUUAUGUAAAUUACGCCCGUCAAGAGGACUUUAAUCAGCUGAAGGAGAUGGGCGUGGCUCUGAAUGGCUCCAUUGCUGUAGCGAGGGUCGGCGGUGGCAUGAGCUUCGCUGAGAAGGUUUGGCAUGCGCAGGAGGCAGGUCAUGUGGGCAUCCUUAUUUACCCAGACCCUGCCGACAUCCCUCAGGAUCCACGGCGACUUGGACUCCAUAGCAACGCCGCUAUCUCCGAACAUGUGCACCUGGGAUCAGGCGAUCCCUUUACUCCUGGUUUUCCCUCUUUUAAUCACACCCAGUUCCCACCCACUCAGUCCUCAGGGCUGCCAAUCAUCUUGGCUCAGCCAAUCAGUGCCAACGUGGCUUCCAAACUACUCAGUCAGCUGUCGGGCGUGGCGUGUCCGCGGGGGUGGAGUGGGCGUCUCCCAUACGUCCGCUGUGUUCUGGGUCCAGAGUUUUCAGCCUCAGACGGCCGGAAGGUAAAGAUGGCCGUCUAUAACACAAUGAACUCCAUCCUGCUGAACAAUAUUUUUGCCUCCAUCGAGGGCAAAGUUGAGCCUGAUCAGUAUAUAAUAAUGGGGGCUCAGAGGGACUCAUGGGGUCCAGGAGCUGUCAAGUCCGGUGUAGGAACUGCAAUUCUGCUGGAACUUGCGCGAACUUUCAGUACCAUGGUGCAGAAUGGAUUUUCUCCCAGACGCAGUUUGCUUUUCGUCAGCUGGGAUGCCGGAGAGUUCGGGAACGUUGGUGCUACAGAGUGGCUGGAGGGUUACCUGUCCAUGUUACACCUGAAGGCCGUCGCCUACUUCAGUCUGGACCAGGCAGUCAUGGGUGAUGAUACUUUCUCUGUGUAUAUGAGCCCUUUGCUUGCCGACCUCAUCGAAGGAGCCAUGAAACAAGUUGAACACCCGAAGCACGUGGGUCAGUCCAUCAUGUCGGUGGCUGAAGGUCAGGGUGGAUGGAGGAGCAGAGUAAAGCCUUUGUAUCUGAACAGCGGGGCGUAUAGUUUCACAGCAUUCGGUGGUGUUCCUGCCAUGGAGCUGCGCUUUCAUGAGGAGGGUCACGUGUACCCGUUUGUGAACACGCAGAUGGACAGUGUGUUGCACCUGCAGGAGCGUCUGCAGGGCCGUGUGUGUGUGGUGGGCCGCACUGUGGCUGAACUGGUGGGACUGAUGGUGCUGAGACUCGCUCAUGAUCACAUCAUCGCUCUGGACAUCACACACUACAGCACAACCGCUCUCAAACUCAGCGUCCUACUCACAAAACUGUCUGCAGAGCUCCAGGCACGGGGUCUGUCCCCUCAGUGGGUGUACAGUGCGAGGGGAGAUUACAGUCGAGCGGCUAAAACACUGCAGGAAGCCAUAAAGAACACAGAUAUACAGGACGAGAGGAUGACACGACUCUAUAACACACGCCUAAUGAGGGUGGAGUACUACUUCCUGUCCCAGUACGUGUCGGUGGUGGAGACUCCGUUCCGUCACGUGCUGCAUGGGCGUGGAGAACACACUUUGAGCGCUCUGACUGAGCAUCUCUCCCAGCUGCGCUCUCAUCCUCACCUGUUCAACGAGGCACGCUUUCGCCGCCAGCUCGCGCUCUUCACCUGGACGCUGCAGGGAGCGGCCAACGCGCUGAGCGGCGACGUCUGGAACAUCGACAACCCCUUUUAGAACCGUAACCCCCAUCCAACCUGUUAGAACUCCCCUGGACUGUCCUCAAGCCAAGAACCUGCAAAAUCCCUUUACAUCGAAUUAGUUAAGAACAUUUAGACACCAUUUAAAACUCAUUAUAUAGAGCCAGGAGAACCAGUAUAGCUCCAAGACUCACUACGCUGUUCUAGAAUCAUUAAAGAUUUGGUUCUGGAAAUUUCUCCACAGAUUCAAUUAUGGAAACUUGAGGAUUUUUCUAGACAAUUAAAAAAUUGACUCUAGAACAUGUGGAACCGUGAAGAACCUUUGGUUCCUAGAACUAGAGUUUAUUCUGAUGCCAUCAUAACUAGAAUUAGCUAGUUUAGUUUCACCCUUAAUGAUUAACAUGUUCUAAAGAAUUGAGUGUGUGUGUGUGUGUGUGUGUGUGUGU